GACCGCCCGCCCGGUGGCGGAGGCGCAGUGCGGUUACCCUAGGAACCCCCAAUCAUGUCGCUGCGAGUGGCUAGGAGCGCGAGGGUCGUGGCCUGCAACCUGCGCAGCGCCCUGGCCUCCUGCCCGCCGCGGCCCUGGGUGCCGAGCGCCGCUGUCCGCGCGCUGCGCACUGGAUCCGCUGUGCAGUCGGUGCGUAAAUUCACAGAGAAACACGAAUGGAUAACCACAGAGAAUGGUAUUGGAACAGUGGGAAUCAGCAAUUUUGCACAGGAAGCUUUGGGAGAUGUUGUUUACUGUAGUCUACCUGAAGUUGGGACAAAAUUGAAAAAACAAGAUGAGUUCGGUGCUUUGGAGAGUGUGAAGGCCGCCAGUGAACUCUACUCCCCUCUGUCGGGAGAGGUGACCCAAGUCAACGAGGCUCUUGCAGAAAACCCGGGGCUCGUCAACAAAUCCUGUUAUGAAGAUGGUUGGCUGAUCAAGAUGGCACUGAGUGACCCUUCAGAGCUGGAUGAUCUAAUGAAUGAAGAAGCCUAUGAAAAGUAUGUGAAAUCCAUUGAGGAGUGAACACGGUACCCCACUCCCAACAGAACUGUGGGGUAACCUGCUCCAGGAUGCUUGUCUUAAAUUAGUGGAGGAUAGUAGAUUUGAAGUAACUUUUAGUAAUACUGAUGGAAGGAAACUAUUCUCUACAGUGCUACUUAAAAAACCCAACUUCCUGAUGGGUGCAGAUAAACACAAUGUACAUAUGUUUAAUAAUCCUCAUGCUAGGUAUUUAAAUGAGGGGUUAAGCACUGGUGUUUAGAAUUCUUGAUCAUCUAUGGUAAAAAAAAAAAAUGGUUAUGAAGCUGGGUUUGGUGAUGAACCUAUCCUUUAAUCCCGGCACU